UUUCAUUAACGAUCAUUCAUAGUAAAACGCUUGUUUGUCGAUCGCGUUCUAAGAAUUUGUUAUCUGAGGACAAUUAAAUGUCAAAGUCAUUUCUCGAUCAAUUUUAUAAUUAAAAUUUACGUUUUCAAUUUUCAUUCAUUGUGUCAGUGAAUUAGCAAAAUUAAAUAGUACGUUAAGAAAUUGAACAGCAAAUGGAGUGAAGAUUUCAAAAAAACAAGUAAAUACACUGAACACUUCAUGUUAUAUGCGGUAAACGUAGCGCAGUCCAGGAUGUGGGCAGCGGGCGUGGCGGCGUGCGCGCUGCUGGCCGCCGCCGGAGCCCUGCAGCAGCCGCGCUGUCAGGACAUCACCAUCCCCAUGUGCCGCGGCAUCGGCUACAACCUCACUUCCUUCCCCAACGCGCUGGACCACGACACGCAGGAAGAAGCCGGACUAGAGGUUCACCAAUAUUGGCCCCUCGUCGAGAUCAAGUGCUCGUCGGACCUAAAGUUCUUCCUGUGCUCCGUGUACACGCCGAUCUGCAUCGAGGACUACGCGAAGCCGCUGCCGGCGUGUCGCAGCGUGUGCGAGCGCGCGCGGGCCGGCUGCGCGCCGCUCAUGCAGCAGUACGGGUUCCCGUGGCCCGAGCGCAUGGCGUGCGAGCAGCUGCCGCGCGCCGGCGACCCCGACCAGCUGUGCAUGGAGGAGACGGAGCGCGCGCACGAGCCCGAGCCGCCCCGCCCGCCGCCCCGCAAGCCCGCCAAGAACAACUGCAAGGAUCCAAAAAACUGCGGCGGCGCGGCGGCUGCGGGCGCCGGCGACGCGGCCGAGUGCGAGUGCGCGUGCCGCCCGCCGCUGCUCGCCGCGCCCAACACCAGCGCCGCGCCCGGCCUGCGCCCCCCCGCCUGUCUGCAGCCCUGCCGCGGCGCCUUCUUCACCGCCGACGAAAAACACUUCGCGGCCGUCUGGGUGGCGCUGUGGAGCGGCCUCUGCGCCGCCUCCACGCUCAUGACGCUCACCACCUUCCUGAUCGACUCGCAGCGGUUUAAGUACCCGGAGCGCCCCAUCGUGUACUUGUCGGCCUGCUACUUCAUGGUGUCGCUGGGCUACCUGGCGCGCCUGGCGCUGGGGCACGACGAGAUCGCGUGCGACGGGCCGGCGCUCAAGGUGUCCGCCAGCGGACCCAGCGCGUGCACGCUCGUCUUCAUCUUGGUCUAUUUCUUCGGAAUGGCGUCGUCGAUCUGGUGGGUGGUGCUGUCCUUCGCGUGGUUCCUCGCCGCCGGACUCAAGUGGGGCAAUGAAGCCAUCGCCGGUUACGCACAGUACUACCACCUGGCCGCGUGGCUCGUACCGGCUGCGAAGACGGUCGCCGUGCUGCUGGCCGGCGCCGUUGACGGCGACCCGGUGGCCGGGAUCUGUUCAGUCGGCAACUCUUCUCCGGAAAAUCUCAAGAAAUUCGUGCUGGCGCCGCUGGUCGUGUACUUCGGUCUGGGCGCGACGUUCCUGCUCGCCGGGUUCGUGUCGCUGUUCCGCAUCCGGUCGGUGAUCAAGCGGCAGGGCGGCGUGGGCGCGGGCUCCAAGGCGGACAAGCUGGAGAAGCUGAUGAUCCGCAUCGGCGUGUUCAGCGUGCUGUACGCGGUGCCGGCGGGCGCGGUGCUGGCGUGCCUGGCGUACGAGGCGGCGGGGCACGCGGGCUGGCUGCGGCGCGCCGCGUGCGGCUCCCGCUGCGGGCCGGCGCCGCUGUACGCCGCGCUCAUGCUCAAGUACUUCAUGGCGCUGGCGGUGGGCAUCACGUCGGGCGUGUGGAUCUGGUCGGGCAAGACGCUGGACUCGUGGCGCCGCGUGUGGGCGGGCGGGCGGCGCGUGCCCCCGCCCUCGCAGCGCGCGCUCGUCAAGGGCGCCGUGUGACGUGCGGCCGCGGCCCCUCCCGCCGCCCCGCUCGCUGCCCCCCUCGCCGCCCCCCUCGCCCCGCCACUGUCAGACUACGGUCCGGUGUAGCGUGACGUCACACAGCCAUUCUCUCUAUUUGAUGAACGUGUCCCUCACCGAGGCCGGCGGGGCCGCGCGACGUCCGCCGCGUCCGAUUCGUCCCGGACGUAGUUCGAUUCGAACUGUCGAACAAUUGUUUACUUGCCAAAAAAAAAAAAGAAGCACGUACGCUCGUGCGCCGUGCGGAUCAUAAACUGUAUAAAUAAACAUUAACAAGAUAUGUAACUCAUUGUAUACUGUAGUCCCUAGUGAUCUCUUGUAAAUACUUCGUCCUUAGUGUCGAAGUUCGCGACUGUUUCGGUCGUCCGGCUGAACCCUCGUCCGCGGCCGCGCUCCCGGAACAGUCGCGAACUCGUUUCUUUUUAUAAAUCAUGUAUUUGUAGUAGAAUGAGCUGCUUGUGAUUUUCCCUUCGUUGUAAAUAGUCCGGUGAAGUUUCCGGAGGCGAUCCAGAGAUGGCGCCAGUAGUCACUGCCAUCUAGCGGUGCUCCGCGGAGUGACGCGUCCUCCCGAGUGACGUAAACAAGACUAAAUUGUAACCCUCGAGCCGAAUGAAUGCUUUUAUACAGAAAUUUAACAAUGAAUGCUCAAAAAAUUGAAAAAAAUAAUAUUAGGAAAGUAGAACGUAAUUCGUGCAAUUGACCUCGUAUGUAAUCUAUUUGUACUUUCGACAUUUAAGAAUAUUAGAGAAAGGUUCUAAAUAUGUAAAGAAGCCGCAGAAUCGCAUGAAACAAUGUACGUAAUUUAUUUUAUAUUAUCUAAGUGUAGAUAACGAAUAAAGCGAUUUUUUAUGUACA